AUGUCCACAUUUCAUGCAGCAUCUGCUGAUAUCUUUGGCGCACAACAACCUGCCGCUGCGAAGCCGGGCCCCAAGUAUGCUGGGGAAGAUAGUGCGGCCACGGAUAGCGAUGGAUCAAUAGAACAGAUGCGAGAGGAUAUUGGGUAUGGGGAGGACGAUCCUCAAGACAAUGAGGAUAUUGAUGACUCAGUGAAGGAAGAUAUGAGAAAACUUGAAGAUACAUUUCCCGGCAUAUCUGACAGAUUUCGGCUGGUGAACAGGAUCGGAGAAGGUACCUUUUCUACCGUGUACAAAGCAGAGGACCUUUUAUACGACCACUAUGAAAAUGACUGGGACACAUUUCAAGGCAAUCGCACGGAUGGUUGGACGGAUCCUCCGACUAAAAGACGACGGGUGGAAGGCGACAACGGCCGCUCAGUUCCGGUCAAACGAAGGAAGCCGCGGUUUGUUGCAUUGAAGAAGAUCUAUGUGACGAGCAGUCCCCACCGCAUUCAAAAUGAACUGGAGCUGCUACAUGAUCUUCGCGGUUGUCGAUCAGUUUGUCCGUUAAUCACAGCCUUCCGUUACCAGGAUCAAGUCGUGGCUGUCUUGCCUUUCUUUCCUCACACUGACUUUCGCAUUCAAUACCGCACGUUUAUGGUCGCUGAUAUGCGACAUUAUUUUCGAUCUCUAUUUACCGCGCUGCACUCGGUCCACAAACACAACAUCCUCCACCGCGAUAUUAAACCGACUAAUUUUUUGUACAAUCCUGAUCUUCGGGAAGGCGUAUUGGUUGACUUCGGCCUUGCAGAACGUGAGGGGUCUGAGUAUACAGGUACUUGCCUGUGUGCGAAUGCAACUUACAUACGCCGUAGUAGAUUUAACCACAGCUACCACCACACUCAUUGUUCACCGACAACACUGUCAGCUGGCUAUCCCAAGAACGACUCACGGCCAUCGAGGCGUGCUAACCGAGCAGGAACGCGAGGGUUCCGUGCACCUGAAGUCCUCUUGAAGUGCACCUCCCAGACAACCAAAAUAGAUAUGUGGUCUGCAGGCGUUAUUCUCCUGACCUUACUCGGGCGCCGGUUUCCAUUCUUUAACUCGGCUGAUGAUGUCGACGCGAUGAUCGAGAUGGCGAGUAUUUUCGGUACGCGACGCAUGAAGUCCGCAGCAGCCAUGCAUGGACAAAUAUUUGAAACCAACAUCCCUACCAUUGGUGAAAAGGGUUAUAGCUGGGAGAAACUUGUGAAAUGGGCCAGCUGUGUCGAAGAACUAACUGAAAGUGAGAAACAAGCCACUCGUUUGUUAGCUGGUCUCAUGGAACUGGAUCCCUAUAAACGUCUAAGCGCCAGGGAUGCCUUACAGCACGAGUUUUUCACUGACCCUAUAGACCAUGAUGUGGAAUGGGGAGGGCACCCUGAAGAUAGCGCGGACACUGGGGAAGAAGACGAGGACAAAGAAGAGGAGGCAGACGAAGUAGCAAUGAUAUAGAGCCUCUGAGCUAAUGUAUGAUAACGGCAUCUGGCGUGACGAUAGAAAAACCAAAUCAUGAUUGAAAUAAGCGAUCCAUGAUAUGUCUGAAUGAUCGGGUCUGGCAGUGAAUUCCCUGCGUGCAUACAGUUAGCGGGGACACUUCAUGGGUGCAACACGACAAAGGCAA